UAUUUAUUUAAUUUUGUGGUUACAGAAUGCUCAGAUUAUGCUCGAUAACUCUCAAUUUAUUCUGCACUCUUCAGAUUCUAUUGCUCCAACUGCGGUCCUUCAUACCUUAGCUUUUCAUUUGGAACAUAAGAAAUUGCAUUGUUCUUUGCCUGGCAGUGGUGAAACCCACGAGAUCUAUCUGGAGAAUAAGGGUUUUGUCUUUGAAGUGGAGGGAGACAGCUCACAAGUAGGUGACGCUGCAGUCCAGUCUGCUGUUGAAGUCCUUGACUCGAUCACUAUUGCAGAAAAUAAGCUUCACAUUUUGAGAACACAGAAAGGUGAUACGUUUUCCAUUUGUUGCUGGUUGGAACAUUCAAGAAAAUCUUCAGCAGGCGUACAAGAAGAGUUGACAGCUGUGCUAAGGAAAAUGGAAUUGAAACUUGCAGAAUAUGGUUUUGGAUGGGAAAAUGUCCUCUAUAUUCAUCUCUAUAUUACUUAUAUGAAGGAAUUUGCAACAGCAAAUGAAACAUAUGUGAGAUUUAUCAAACAGGAGAAAUGUCGUUUUGGUGUCCCAUCGCGCAGUACAAUUGAACUGCCUUUACUGGAAGUGGGGUUGGGUAAUGCAUACGUGGAAGUUUUAGUGGCAAAUGACCAUACCAAAAGAGUUCUACAUGUACAAAGUAUUUCCUCUUGGGCUCCCAAUUGUAUUGGACCAUAUAGCCAAGUGCAAAGCUGCAUGAUCUUUGUUACUGAAUUGAUAAUUGGGAUAAGCAAUGUGCAUUAUUCUUGUUUGGUCAAUUAUUUAAUUCUAGAGAAUUUCUUUUCCUGCUCUGAUUUCAUGUUUUUGUUUGUUGAUAGGCAACACUGCACAAGAAUAUACUUCAUAUGGCCGGGCAAUUAGGGCUUGAU